GAGUAUCCUUUAAUUUAAUUGGGUGAAUUAGCUUUAGUUUUUUGUAAUUAAUUAGUAGUCAUAUUUCUUAAAAGUUGAACAAAAUAUUAUAAAAUCAGAUACUAUAUGUUCUAAACAUUGCUGAAUAUUGAUCGAAGGAUUUUUUCCAAGUUUUCAAAGAUCAGUCAAAGUGUCUGACUUGAGCUGUUUUGAGUAGUUCUUGAGUCUCAAUAAAUUUUAAGAAAUAACCUUACACUCACAGAAUUUUACUUUAUCAAGAUGGGAAGCUGAAAUGUUAUACGUGUAGUAGGAAAUGCACUGAUGGAGAUUUUCAGCCAUUCUGGUGCUUCCAGAAACAUUUGAAAAAUCUUAGGUCAUCAAAAAUCGUUUUAAAAUCUGGCUCAAUGAACUCGAAUGGUGCAUUGGGAAGGUAGUUGGGUAGAUUUUUUCAUACCUUCUCCCUCAAGUUGCUGGAUUUUUAAUUAGAAUACAAUUCUCAAUUUUUUCAAGCCCCCCUCCCCUCCAAAAGGUCUAAAAAAAAGUAGCACCAGGAGUGUCGCGGAUUCGCGGUUAUUAAUUAUAUUUGGCUAUGUUUUUGUUAUAUUUAAAGUUCGCGAUCUCGAUAAUAUUCGGCUGCUAGGUUUGUUAUCUUGAAGAUUCAAAAGUUUUUGUUAUUGUUUUUAUUCGAAAAUAAAUAGAGUACGAAAAGGGUUCGUAUUGAAGUGAUUAAAUCAAUCGCCCUUAUUGUUGAAUUCCUUUUUCGUUAUGGUAGCAGGCUGAUCCUAAAUAAUCGUUCGUUUCGUCCUCCGAAUUCGUUGGUAAAUUCCAAAAAUGCCGGAAACCAGCGAAAAUGCCGAAAAGCUAAAAGCGUUAUCCACCCGAAAGUCCAGACUUCGUUCUUCACUGACUAGAAGUAUGUCAUACGUAAGUGAGAAGCUGGCGACGGCAGAUUUUAACGAAGUUAAAGUGAAAUUGACAAUGGUCGAAGAUAUAUAUAAAAAUUAUCUUGCUUUACUUGACGAAUUCGACAACUUCGAAGUUCCGGAUCUGGACCCUUUCAUAGAAAAAUUCGAAGAUGACUACAUCGCCAUUAAAGGUAAAUUAGAAAGCAGUAUCGAAAAAUUCUCUAAUAGCAGUGCUGUUCCAGGUUUUAAAAGACAGUGUACAACUGAAUCUGGUGGUAGCGGUAGUUGUUGUUCUUCUUCAAAAGCUACGAUUAAGUUACCAAAGUUGGAGUUGAAGAAAUAUGGUGGUAAUCUACUUGAAUUCGAAUCGUUUUGGUCUUCGUUCAACUCAGCUGUACAUAAUACUGAUUUAGAAGCAACUGAUAAAUUUACGUACUUGAGAAAUAACCUGGUAGGCGAAGCUGAAUUAUUGUUGAAAGGUAUGGGUACCACUGCUGCAAACUAUCCAAUCGCAUACGAAAUGGUAAAAAAGAAGUUUGGUAAUAAAAAGAAAUUAAUUGAUUUAUUAUACGAUAAUUUAACGAAAAUUCCAAAAAGUAACAAAUGGACUAAAAAUUUGCGAAAUACUUACGAUAAUAUUGAAUCGAAUUUACAUGCUUUAGAAGGUGUAGGUGAAAAUAUUCAAAACAACACCAUACUGUACUCGAUGAUUAUGAAGAAGUUUCCAUUUGAUAUAAUUAUGAAAGCCGAUUUGGAUGUUGCAAGUAACGAUUUAUCCGAAUUGAGGCAGAAAGUUGGCGAAUUGAUAUGGAAACAAGAGCAAUAUUGUGGUACGAAUUGGAGUGAGUCAUCCGAUAAUAAUCCUAAUAAAAAAGAUUUUUUCAAAGGUACUACAGAGAGCUUGAUAACUGGUGAUAGAAAACCGAGUAAAAAAUGUAUCUAUUGCGGUGAAACGUCACAUUAUUCCGAUGAAUGCAGCAAAAUAACGACAUUGGAAGACCGAAGAAAGAAAUUGAAUGGUCGUUGCAUCAUUUGUUUGAAUCCUGGUCAUCUCGCUAAAGACUGUACGGUAAACAAACCAUGUGUACAUUGUAAGAAACGUCGUAGUCAUCAUCGUAGUUUAUGUAUUAAAUUAUUUUCAAAAGAAGUUAGUAAUCCUGAACCAACUGAAUCUUUACUAAUGAAAGAUCAAGAAGGUAACCUGUUAGCAGCCACAAUCAACGUUGGUAAUGAAAGUCGUGUUCAGAAAGUUACCUCAAUUCUGGAUAGCGGUUCAAGAAGAUCGUACAUUACUACGAGGUUGGCCGAUAAAUUAAAAUUGAAGCCUCUUCAUUAUGAAACGAUUAGAAUUUCUACGAUUUGUUCCGAAGCUCCUCGAGAAAUUUCAACCAAGGUCGUUAGUUUAGAUAUUUUUACAAAUGAUGGUGAAAAAAUAAAAAUCACUGCAAAUACGAUACCUAAAAUUAUUAAUCGAAUAAAUCACCACGAUAUUAAGUUAGAUUCCAGAUUCAAGAAAUUCAAGCUCGCUGAAGUUGAUAAAAAUCUUGUACCUGAACUCCUGAUUGGAAAUGACUACAUGUUCGAUUUUAUGGUCAUGGAAAAAGUAAUUAUUGAUGAUUCAACUUCGUUAAUCAAUUCGAAAUUUGGAUGGCUGGUUGUUGGUCGAAUCGAUAAAAACCACGAAACUCCAGUUUUCUUCUCCGAGAUUGAAAUGGUAGAAAACCUAUGGAAAUUAGAUGCGAUUGGGAUAGAUGAUUCAACCUCAGUGGAGGAUAUUGGCGAUGAACUUGCGAAUUGAAAAAUGUCUGCUCAGGCCAAUAUCGGGACCGAGCCGGAAUCGGAGCCUUUGCUGAGUGUUCUGGAUAUGAUUUUGCUGGCUGCUAUCAUGGUGAUCACUGUUUGGUGGUAUUUUAAGAAUUAUCGCAAAAAGGAUGAG